AAGAUGUGAGGAAUAGAAAACCAGCGAAGAAGAAGAAGGAAGUAACCGGGUUUUGAAUGCUCUCCGUCUGUAGUGUUCAUUAAUACCAUCACAUCAACAUUAUGUUUUGGUUAGAUAUCUAAAGAUUUUGUGAAAGAGGACGCCACUUGGCUUGCAGAAAGGUGAGUGAGGGCACAGUGUAGCCAUGGCAGCUGUACAGUCUGUCCUGAUGUUUGCAGUGUGCGUCCUCGUGAUAACAGAGCUGAUUCUCGCCAAGAAGGACUACUACGAUAUACUGGGAGUGCCCAAAGGUGCAACAGAACGCCAGAUAAAGAAGGCUUUCCACAGGCUUGCAAUGAAAUUUCACCCCGACAAGAACAAGAGUCCAGAUGCUGAAGUAAGAUUCAGAGAAAUCGCUGAAGCUUAUGAAGUUCUGUCCGAUGAGAGCAGAAGAAGAGAGUAUGAUCAGUUCGGCGACGACAUGUACACAGGGCAGACGCAAAGAGCAGGCACCCACCAACCUUUCACCUUCAACUUUGAUGACAUGUUUAAGGACUUCAACAUCUACAGCCAGAACAGACAUUCUCGCCACAGGCGACACUUCGAAGAACACUCCAAGUCCCACAAAGAGUCCCACAGCAGACGCAGGAGACACUUUCAGGGCGGCUUCGGGGCAGGGAUCCUCGACGACAUGUUUGACGACAUGGACAGAAUGUUUACUUUCGAUAGGCACGCCAAACAGACUGAAGGCAGGUUUCACGGUACAACGAAGCAGCACUGCAGAACUGUAACCCAGCGCAGAGGAAACAUGGUGACUACUUACACGGACUGCACCGCAUCAUAAAAUAAUUUAUGACCUAAAUUGCUUCAACAAGAUUGGUAAUGAGCUGUUGUCAGGAUUAUUCAGCAGAAAGUGGGUUGCAAGCUUACCCUCACUUUAGAGAUAGCUUUGCUCUAAAUUCAAAUAAGCUUUAUUGUGAAUGAAUGUAGUGAGUUUUGCUUACUGUUUGUGUAAGUUGAAAGUUUUUCUUUCUUUUUUUUUUCAUGAAGCAAGCACCUAGGUGUUUUGACAAGAAUUCAUGUCUCACAUCAUUUAUUUUUAGUCUAGGAUCCACUUUGGCUUCCAUUACGCCUGAAGUUUUUUAAAUGGAAAACGGGAAUCACAAUAACCUACCUGCCUCUACAUGUUGGUUAUUUAAACUUUUGUUUCAGCAUUUUUUCCACAUCCGUUUGAAACGCUCCUACAUUGUAUGGUGCCAGUAAUGGGGUUUUUUUUAAAUAUGUUUUUAUUGCAAUGUUUAUGGUCAACGGUUUUUUUUUUUUGGUUGUUUUUUUUCCAGUGCACUUGGUGCAAAGUAAUUUGAAUAUCUGUGAAACAGAAAACUCUAGUGUCAGAGAUAUGUUUGUGUGUCAGAGUUUACAUCAAGUUGUGGGCAGUGGAACUGUAAAACAAUGCACCCUAAAGAUGAAUUCUCAAUUCGUAGACAGCAGGACCUCCUGUCUCGGUUCUUGAAAACUCUUCUUCCAAGGGAUUGCUUUAUUUCCUUUUAACUUUAAUCUUCUUAUCAGACAGAUCCACAGAGAGCUUGUUUGAAUCGGGAGAAAUGUUGUUGAAAACCUGGAAAGCAUGUCCAACUGCUCUUUUUUUUGAGUCACUUGAAUAUGAGCUGUAUAUCCUAACAUCUAUGCUGACUAAUAAAACUAUUGGGGCCAAGUAAAUUCUUAGUUUCAAUCCCA